AAAGUACAUUUAACAAAAAGGCACAAUUAAGUGAAAAUAUCAAAAGACAUACAGAUGCUAUUCGUUUUCACAGCUUUUCUAUUCUCACUGUUUAAAAUAAUGGAGAAUAAGUUUUUAUUUUCAUUCACCAGAGCAGCAAAGAAAUAAAACGAGUGUAGAUUACUAACGUCUCGCUUGAUUGGUGAAAAUGAACGCAUUAUCCAAUCAGAGAUGCCUGUGGGCGGGACUUCCGCCCUCUGCAGUUAAGAGGAGGGUUUGUCUGCUUGGAGGGAAGUUUAAUCAAAAUAGUCAUGCAGCCUCCUCGAAAAUGAAAUCUACGUGGAUAAACGAUUGCGUUUUGAGUUUGAAAAACAAACACUAGGAACAUAAUUUAGGAUUAUAUGAAAUGACUGUCGCCUAACCGUGUAGAAAAUCGCAGUUUAACGUGCGCAUGCAAUAACUAGUACACAACUUCUCAGUCUCUAUUAGCUUAGCUUGGUAGCCGCGAUUGUGUUUUCCAUACCGCGCUGCACGGAUAUAAACUAAAAUGCUGCUGCUGAUAGAUUUUUUAUAAACGCAUAAUUUCUGGCCAUGGAUCCAAAGACGAGGAGGCUCGAGAGUCAACUGUGUAAAGCUGUGAAGGAUGGAGACCCAAGAUCUGUGCAGCUGCUUCUCUCACAAGGUGCAAGUCCUGACCUGGUUGGUAGUAAGGGGGUAGCUGCAAUACACUUGGCUGUUGGCAAAGAGACUGAGAAGAACAACCGCUGCUUGAAAAUGUUGCUGCAACAUGGAGCUGACCCUAAUAUCAGAUCAUGUGAUGGUCUGACUCCUGUUCACAUUGCUGCCUUGUGGGGAUGUUAUCAAAACCUGAGGUUUCUCUUGAUGAAUGGAGGGAACCCCAACCUUAAAGAUAAUGAAGGAAAUACGCCUGGGCAGCUUGCAGAGCAACAGGAGAAUCGAAAAUGUGCCCAGCUUCUUCAGGAGCACCAGGUCAGCUGUGUGGACAAAGAAGAGGACGACUGGCCUCAUUUCCAAUACUCUGUAUGUUCAGACCAAACCGACCUGUCCAGCUAUCCUGAAUCAGACUACAGCUUCAGUUCCCAGACGUCUAUGAUAAGUGACUUUGGCGAAGCCCCAUUGAGCAGCACGAGGCGCUCAUCAUUUUUCAACCUAUCUAACAUUAAUGGAAGGCCGAGUUGCAGAGGAAUAUCAUAUAACAGACUUUCUAAUAUGGACACUAAACAGCAUCAUAACCAGGACUGGAACACUUCCUCACAUUGGGCAUCUGAAGGUCCCUCCAUACUGUCAAGCACUCGCAUGUCUGCAGUGGGGCCUGCACCUGCAAUAUCAACUCUUAAGGAGGAGGAUUUGUUCACUGAUGAUGGUUUGUUCACAUCAAAAGCAAAUGUACAUACUGCUGCAACUGAUGGCAGAAUCUCUCCCUCCAGAAGAGACACUCUCCCUGCAUUUCUGUCCAGGCGAGCGAGCCGUAAGAGUGUAAGCUUCAAGGAUGUAGAUGAAUAUUUCCCAGUUUUUAGUCCUGAAUAUCCAAAAGAGCAGCCCGCUGUCGGCACCAGCACCUUACCUUUUGACCUGUCUGAGUACUCUAGCUUCCUGGAUUCAGAACGUAUGGCCACUGUUUUACCUGAGCAGGGUAUCGACGUCACAUCACCAGACCAUGUUUAUGUUUUUGGCAGGGAGAGCAGUGAGAGCACAGGAGAGGACAUGGAGAAAACGGUCAUCGUUAGUCACUGUGCUUUUGAAGAGAGUGAUGAUGAAAAAGAGGGUGAAAAUGUAAAAGAGCCUCAGGGGAACAUAUCGAAACAGCUAGCGGGUUCCUGCGGGGGCGGCAGCAGCAGUGAGACCGGCAGUAGUCAUUACAGUAGCUGUGAGAGCGACCAUUACACCAGCGCUCUGGAUGCUUCCAUACACCCCAGGCAUCUCUUACUCCCUGUGGUAGAGGAAAUAUCUGUUGGUGCUGAAGUUUCCAAAAAGACUGCUCAAACUGAUACUCAGAUAAAUUCAAAACUGGAAAGUGUUGAGCAUUUACCAGGUAUGCUUGAUAAACUGGACUUGUCAGAAGGAAAACACCCGAAUAAUGAUGUAUUUAAGGCGGACACCCCACUGGAUGACGCCGCAGAAGCGACAAAGGAAGACUUCAACUGUCCAUUUACGCCAAGUCCUUUUGUAACAGGCAGGACACGUUCAAGGUUGAGUCGCUGCUCACUUAGAACAAGCAGAACACCCGAGAGCCUCCUCCUCACGUCUUCUCUGUUUGAGGAGACCCUACCUACACCAGUUCGAUCGCGGCGUAAGAUGCCCAGGCCUCAGAGCAGCGAUGCCUUUUACAGUUCACCACAUGCACCGUGUUAUACACUAUCCCAUUCAGGGAGUAGCACAGGGGGAGACUCCUUGCCUGCUGAUUGCCAGGAAACACAGUCCAGCACCCUCAAAGCCGGUUCAAGUGUUAGCAAUAGCCAAGCUGAUACCCUCAUCCUCUCCAGGAAUGUAAGUGACUCUGCUGUUGAAUCACAGACUCUGUGUGACACAGUCGUACUGGAAAAAAAUCAGGACUCUUCAGUGGAUGCUUAUGAAAGAAACCUUGCAGAGAUUAUACUGGCUAUGCAAGACCAAGGCAUGGAUCUUGCUGAGGGUGGGGAUUUUCUAACUGAUGAUCUGACAAGUACAGAUGAGGCAACAACAAGGGGAAAUGUAAAUGAUGCCCCUGAUGUGGACCGCCUGAAAAACAAAGAUGACUGGAUCACUGAGGACUGUAGCUCUCAGCCGGAAUCUGUGUCAUCUUCAUCCAGCUCCAGCUAUUUUUCCCCAAGGAGGUCCAGGGAAGACUCUGACCUUCCUUGCACCCCAGGCACCGGAUGCACCCCUAGAUACAGUAUGAGCCGGCUCUCAAGCUACCACAGGCCACAGCACCUGGCUAACCUGUCUUACACCCCCGGGGGGCGUCCAGUCAUUCAGGAUGUGGAUGAACCAGUGGAGUACCUCUACACUGAUACAGAACAAGGCCACAAGCUGAUUGAGACUCAUGUCCCACCUACAGCUAACACCUCAUUCAGCUCCAGCAUGAGUACUACCAGCAGCGAGGAGACCAUCCUUUAUGACUGGCGCUCUAUGCAGACCGACAUGAAGCAGAACACAGAAAAGGAGAACCAGAAACCACAGGAGACAUUACAAAAUGAGGAAAGAGAUGAGGGAAAGGACAGGUUGUUGGCAGAAACCAAAGGGAUGACUGACAAGGAGCUGAGACUGAGGCUAGUGGAGCUGGGGCAGAACCCAGGUCCCAUCAACAGCCGUACCAGGCCAGCAUACAUUCGAAAGCUGUGCCGCCUCGUUCAGGAGUCAAAUUCCCAAUCACCACAUCACCAGAAACAGUUAAGCCAGUCAAAAACAGUUCCUGCAGAUUUAGGUUAUAGUCCAGAACUAAAUCUGGCCCUGCAGACCUUCAAGCUGCCUGAUUGCCGGGCUGACGAGCAGGCUUUGUGCCAGCAGUUUGACCAACCAGAUCAGAACAGGAAGUGGAGGGAGGGCAUAAUCAAGUCCAGCUUCAACUACUUGCUGCUCGACCCAAGAGUGACAAACAGCCUCCCGUUCAGGAGUCAGACCAUGACUCCACAGGAGUGUUUCCAGACUUUCAUCCACGCUAUAUUUUAUGUGGGCAAAGGAAAACGCUCCCGCCCCUACAGCCACUUGUAUGAGGCUUUGGAGUACUACAAAGGGGACAAAACGUCCAAGAAACUGUGCCGCAAAGUGCAGCACAUCCUUCAGGUAUGGGACGCCAAGCAGGGCGUCAUCUCACUGCAUUGUUUCCAGAACGUCAUUCCAGUGGAGGCUUACACAAGAGAGGCCUGCAUGGUGGAGGCCAUUGGGUUAAAGAUGCUCACCAAUCAGAAGCGGGGAGAUUACUAUGGUGUGGUGUCCAACUGGCAGUUAAAGAGGAAGCGUGAGCUGGGUGUCCACCUGCUCUACCGGGCCAUGCAGAUCUUUCUGGCUGAGGGUGAGAGACAGCUCAGACCAGCAGACAUCAGACAGUAGCGGCCCCCACUGGAGGGGGGUGUAAAGUGCAACACGGAGCCAACUAUCCGAUGGGAAAAUACCACUAGUUCAGAAUCCAAAGUCAAUUUUGCACUCAAGAGUUGGGUGGGAGUUUACAACAUCCCUUGGUCUGAUUUCUCUUUCCUUUCACAAUAUACAGUUUGUCGCACGUCAUAUCCUCUGGUAACAUUUAGAUCCCUUGAGCUUGUCAGUUAACAUCUUUCUGCUUUUUUCUAUUCAAGUGUCUUAAGUGUUAGUGUUCUAUUCAAUUCAGAAAAGCUGCCUUGUUUCCUAAUUUCUUUGCAUAUAUUAAUUAUAAUCUGCCUAGAUUUGUCUCAUCUCUGAUUCCACAAAAAAUUAAAAGUGGAGUCAUGUCGUCCUGUAUGCAUUAAGUUUUCUACUGACAGAAAAGUCAGUGAAUGAGCAACAUGAUGUGAAAAACAAAACUGUGAGACUGCAGAUGUUUCAGAUGUCAUGACAAAUAAGCACAACAGUCAGUUUUCAAAAACAUUCUUCCCAGUAGGAUAUUUUUCUUCUUGAAUUCUUCAUCACUAAUGUCUUUUCCAUAUUGAUACACAACCAUAUGCAAAUGUCUUAUGCAGCAUUAUCAAAUUAACUAGUUCCAGAUUGCAUAGAGCAAUUAUAGUUUUCUCUCAACCUCAUACUGUAUCACCUGGGGCUGGCUUUAGGAAAAAAAUUAACGUGUCUUGACUGAGUUUUGUGUGAGGUGCACACAUUCUAUUUUUAUAAAUACCACUUCAUGUGCAGGAAAUGGCGUGUGCAUGUUUUUCGUGCGGACUCAUCGUUUAUACAUCUGGCCUCUGGUAGUUAAUCACUUUGCUUUUGUAGUGUUAAAAGACAGAUGGAGAUGAAUAUCAGCAGAGGCUGGUCACUGGUACUUAGCAUGAUAGGAUUCAUGGCUAAAUAAAGAACGGAGUGUAUAGUUUUAGAAACUUAAUGUUUGAUAAAAUAUCGCAUGACUUGUUUACAUGGCUGGAUUUCCAUUUCAUUUGUUAUGCCAUUUUGUUUCUGUAAAAAAAUGCUUUGCAGGCAAGCUGAUGAUAUGAUAAUGAUAGGUGUUAAUUUGUAUACAUUUCUUUAAGAAAUGCCAGCAGUUAUGUAGAAACACAGUGUUUGAGUUCGUAUUACAUCAGCAAUUAUGAUGUUAAGAGAUCUAUCGGCCAAAGUAAUCCCAGGUUGAAGUUACUUUUUUUCUUGAAAAGUUUGCUUACAUUCUGAUCUCAUGGUCUACACAUUAAUGACCUGAGCUUCAAAACCAUCCAUUGUCUACUCAGGGUUUUAUACUUGAUCAAUUGUAUUUUGGAUGUAUACAUAUAUUUUUUUACAUUCCCAGCCCCUAAGUUAAAGAAAUAAAUGCAUUAAAUCAUCAUAAAGUGGAGUAAAACACGUGACCUAUAGCAUUAACUUUUAAUUAUGAAAUUAAUAUUACAUAUUAAUUUAAUAGUACAGUGAAAAAAGAAAUGGACACAAAGCCCCUUGAUUAUGAUCUGUGUUUGACAUGGUUUCAUGAUUGAUUGAUGUAAUAAUGUAGUGCUCUCUUUUCAUUAUUAUCUCCAACUGCUACUGUUACUGUCAUAUCUUUGCUCCUUUACUUUUCAUUCCUGUAAACAUAGUGAAAAAAAUACAACAUAAACCUGAACUGGAUGAGUCUUUGUCAUUUCUUGUUCAUGUCUUGUUCUGUGGUGUCCCUCUAGUGGACAAAGGAAGUCAUUAAAUUUUGUUUUUCAAAUUCA